GCCGCUCUCGCCGCCGUUCGCCAGUCGCGCAGAGGCCUCCCUGCUGGCAAAAGCGCUCUCCUGCCAACUCUGCUAUACUGCUUUAUUCCUCUCACUGUCUGUCCCCCUGCUACUGGAUUGUUCGCUUAUUAAAGUCGCCCAGUCUGUCGUCGUCGUCGCGCGCUUUGUGCCCAAAUGCCGCCGAGUGAGUGCCAGCUUCUCCCCCGGCCCUCCGCCGGCUGCAUCGGGAAAUGAGUCGCCCGCCGUCAUCGUCUCUGGACCACUUUCAUCCCCGCGAGCGCAGCCACAAAGGUGGGUGUGAUUUCUGCAAUCUUGGCUUGCAUCUAGAAAACAGAAAACAAAAGGUGGCUAGACCAGCAUGAAGGGCCGUUUUGGGCCCUUAACAGUGGUGCUGGUCCUGUGCAGCUGGGUGGUGACGCGUGCGGGCGACGACAGGGUGCACGACAGGCUGGCUGUUGUGCGCAGACUGCUGGAAGAGGUGCCCUUAAUUGACGGGCACAAUGACCUUCCGUGGAACAUACGCAAGUACGUGCGCAACCAGCUACAAGAUUUUCACUUCUCAGAAGACCUCCGACAGACUGAGCCGUGGGCCCGCAGUGUUUGGUCCCACACGGACCUCUUUAGACUUCAGCAAGGCAUGGUCGGCGCACAGUUUUGGUCAGCGUAUGCGCCGUGCAGCUCGCAGUACCUGGACUCUGUUCAGCUAACCCUGGAGCAAAUUGAUGUGAUCAGGAGACUGAUAGCACAAUACCCGCAGCACAUGCAGUUUGUCACCACGGCCGACGAGGUCGUGGAGGCGCACCGUGCCCGCAAACUGGCCAGCCUGAUCGGGGUGGAGGGCGGGCACGCCAUCGGCACGAGUCUUGCUGUGCUGCGGGUCCUCUACCGGCUAGGGGCUAGAUACCUCACACUCACGCAUACCUGUAGCACCCCUUGGGCAGACUGCUCCAAUGUGGAUGCACCGGGACAGAUUCCAGACCACGGCGGCCUUACUGAUUUCGGCAAGGCCGUGGUUCUGGAAAUGAACCGUCUCGGAAUGAUGGUCGAUCUGUCCCACGUGUCCAUCCUCACGAUGCUGGACGUGCUGCAAGUGACCAAGGCGCCGGUCAUCUUCUCGCACUCGGCGGCGCACGCACUUUGUAACAGCUCGAGAAAUGUGCCUGACCACGUCCUUCGUCUUGUCGCUCAAAAUAGAGGGAUAGUAAUGGUGGCCUUUUAUACCUACUUUGUAAGCUGUAAUGAUACUGCCACAAUUAGAGAUGUAGUAGCGCACAUCAAUCAUAUUCGAGACGUGGCUGGAGCCGACCAUGUGGGCAUAGGCGCCGGCUAUGAUGGCAUCAACUUGACUCCCAAAGGUUUGGAGGACGUGUCAGGGUAUCCUAGGCUUUUCGCUGAGCUGCUGGCAUCGAAGCGAUGGACUGAACAUGACCUUAAAAAAUUAGCUGGUCUGAACUUGCUCAGAGUAAUGAAGGACGUCGAGCAGGUUCGAGACAACAUGCGCCAAUCUGGUGUCCAGCCGUCAGAAGACCUGAUUCCUGCGCAUGAUCUCUAUGGAAAAACAUACUGCCGGUUUCCUGAAACAUGAACUGCGAUGAACUUGCUUCUCCUAAUGUGCGGACUGAUGAAAAUAAGCACUCGCGCGCGCAGUGUGUCAGUGAGUGACGCAGCGGAGAGUGAGAUAGUGUUCAAAUGUUUUGGCCGCACGCUCGCGAAACAAACUAAAAGUUUUGCAUGAGUGGAUAUAUCAAGGUGCCCCUGAGGAUUAAGCAUAGGGUCUCAAGAAAACAAACACAAACUGUCGUACACUUUAUCAAGAGGGGCGUCGAGACCAGAGCCGAAAUUGAACUUUGGGCUUUUUAACAAACUACUUGAUGACGAAAUGUUCUCGGUUAUGAAACUGUUUUGAAAUUUUUUAUAUAUCAGUUUAAUCAAAACGGCGGAACGUUAAUUGAAAGUGUUGAUCAUAUUUCGAAGAGUAUAUUUGUAUGGCAUGUGAUUGCUGUCGUCAUUACUGAGGAAGCAAACUCUCUCAGAAGACAACUUUUACUGUUUGUUUGUAAAUUGGGCAGAAAACAAGAGGGUUUUUAAUAAAAUGUGAAGUUAACAGACAAAUGGUAAAAA